AUGGACGAGGGCUACAAUACAAGAAAUGAUUUUCAGUUCAUAUCAAUACAAAGCCCUGCAGACGCGAAAGACCGUGAUAAAAGGCGCCAGGCAAGGUCGCACGCCGCCAAGAAAGGCAGACAACAACAGCUUCAGUAUGCGUCUCCAAGAGAUGCAGGCGGCACUUUAGGGCAGACAUUGAUUCCUUGGUCCAUUUUUGCACCGGUAUCGGCUUAUGGCCCUUUCGAGACCCUAAUUGGAGACUCCCCAAAGCUGAGAGCUUUGCUUAGCCAUGAUGCCGCUAGACAAGCCGCAGAGCCUAUAUUCAGUGUCGCCGAUCCUGUCGUUUUCCAAGAUUUUGCUUCCGUCUUCCGUACCGACCUCGACGACCCAGCCCUUUUGAAUGCCGUUAAGCUUACUUUUGCAUUUGCUGUGACUGGAGGAAACAUAGACCAGGAAUGUCUUGAAUAUCAAAACCAAGCGAUGGGUGCAAUCCGCGAAAGAAUGGACUCAUUAGAAUCGGCCUUAUCAUUACCAACCCUAGGCGCUAUCCUGCUCCUUGCCGAUCUAAAUUCAUCCGUCAUGACCGGUUCUAGUCGCAUAGUGGAUCACACUACUUUUGUCGAGCUUCAGUGGAAGCGCGAUCCGUUUGCGUCUACCUAUUUUGUUCUGGCGCCAGGGUUUCAAAGGAUAUCGCACUUGUUCGACGAGGACUUUAUUGAAGUUCUCAAAGACAUCCACGCGCUGCAAUGCGUUCAGGAUCUGCCUCGCUACUCUUGCCAGAAUCCAAUAGAAAUGCUCCGCGUUGAUAACCAGCAGGCAUCUAUUGGAUCCAGACUUGUAGAUCUACCAAAACUUUCUGCUACUAUGGAAGCUUGCUAUUUGGCAGCGUACCUUAGUGCUUGCAUGCUUUGCUGCAAAGUGUGGCGCCACUCCGUGAUGCCUUCUCAUGUUUCUUUGAAACUGUUGCGUAAGCUGCAGGAGUCCAAUGAUGACAUAUUUUGGGAUGAAAAUCCGGAUCUAUUAAUAUGGAUAUCAUACCUAGGUGGCUCAUUCUCUCCAAGGGGAGUAAUACACCUAGAAUAUAACAUCAUAUUAAAAACCAAUCAUAAUUCUAGAUUUAAAGGGUUGUAUCAGUCGCUGGAGGAUUUGUUGGAAAUAUUGCAUCGAUAUAUUUGGUCAGAGAAGGCGUACCGUACGCAACUCGAAGAGUAUUGGAAAGAGAUUCAACUAGAGCUAGUCAAACACCGUGUUGGUAUGCCUGGUUUAUCUCGCUUCCGAGGUACCGAUGAUCAUGUUGCAACCCCUAUGAUGAAAGAGUAUUACAGCCAACGAUCUCAAGUCCCUGGAACCUUAAUCAUCACUGAGGCUGGUAUUAUCUCCCCCGGUGCGGGCGGUUAUCCAAAUGCACCGGGUAUUUGGCGCGAAGAUCAGGUCGCAGCUUGGAAAACGAUCACCGACGAAGUCCACCAAAACGGCUGCUUUAUCAUUUGCCAAAUAUUUCAUGUUGGCCGCGCCGCAGUUCCCGACAUCGCUGAGAAGGAGGGGAUUGAGAUCGUAUCCUCCAGUGCCAUUCCUCACGGAGAAGGUGCCCCCGUGCCACGGGCCCUGACUGUUGAAGAGAUCAAACAGAUUGUGCAUGACUUCGCAACUGCCGCAAAGAAUGCUAUUCGUGCAGGUUUUGAUAGUGUUGAACUUCACGCUGGAAAUGGCUACCUCCUCGACAGCUUCAUCCAAGACGUCAGCAACACUCGUACAGACGAGUAUGGUGGUAGUAUCCAAAACCGGUCUCGUUUUGUAUCCGAAGUCAUGAAAGCCGUUGGCGAUGCCAUUGGACCACAGCGCAUCGGAAUCCGCCUGAGCCCUUGGAGUACAUUUCAGGGAAUGCGGAUGAAAGAACCUAUACCACAGUUUUCAGACGUAAUUAAUAAGGCAAAAGAGUUGGGUCUUGCUUAUAUCCAUUUGAUUGAGCCACGAGUCGCCAAUAGUGAUGACCUAGAUCAUCUAAUUACCGAAAGCUUGGACUUUGCGAUCAACUUAUGGGGCGGACCAAUCCUUUUAGCAGGCGGAUAUAAGCCGGAUAAUGUGCAAAAAACAGUUGAUGAGACAUAUCCCGGCAAAGAUAUCAUGGUUAUGUUCGGUCGAUACUUUGUCGCAAACCCGGACUUGGUGUUCAGAAUAAAAAACAAUUUAAAUCUGAACCAGUAUGACCGCAGCACUUUCUAUGCUGUGAAAAACCCUCAUGGAUAUCUCGACUAUCCUUUUAGCUCUGAAUUUCUCGCUAAUACCAAAGUGUAA